GAAAAGAAAAAUCUCUGGCAGUGAAUCUUAUUAUUAAUUAUUAUUACAAACCUAAUUCUCUCAUUUCUUCACCUAAUACUCUUCUCAUCUCUUUCAGUACUUAGUUUCUCAGAGAAGAAGAAAACCAGAAGCUGCCAAUUUAUUUGAAAAGCCAAACAAGAAACAACCACAGCACAAGUUUGAGAAGAAAAUGGGAUGCAUGUAUUCGAAGGCGAUUACUCGAUCGAUGAGCAUAAGAGAAGAGCUGAGUCACGGAAUAUUCCAUAGCUCAUCAUCUGCAGCAUGGGAAGAAUUAGUAUUAACUUCACACAGUGGCAAUAAUAAUGAGCAUCUAGUUGCCUUAGCUACUAAACUCAGAACUAGUAAUUUCACUUUGCCAUCAACGGAACCUGUCAAAGCAGAGGCGGAAUCGGCUCCUGGUUCUGUUACAGAACUCGAUUAUGGUAGAUUUACGAGAUCGAAAAGCUGUCAGAUAUUUGGAGAUGACAGAGAAAUUCCAUCUCCCGAAAAUGAAAAUAAGUUGGAUCGGAAAGACAAGAGCAUGGGAGGUUCCAGAAGCUUCCAUACUGUGGAGGAGUACGAUUCCUUGCUCGAGAGAAUUCGCAAGUCCAGCACAAAUACUGUAGAAUAUCCCUCUGAAGAGGGUUUCAGUUCGUUGAGAAAUUCCGAUGCUUCUGAGAAUAUUCUUCAAGAGAACGGCACGCGCGAAAAUGGCUGGAGAAGGAAGGCUUUAGCGAAGGGGCUUAAAUCACUUGAUGUGCCACCAGUUGAAUUCCCUUCCGCUGCGAAAUUCAGGCAACGGGUUAAUGCGGAGGGCCAAGUUUAUUCUCCUGGAAGUUACAUUACUCCCAAAUUUGGGAGCUACAAUGAUGCUAAGGCAACUCGUGCAAAACGAGAAAAAAACGGUGGAGAAAAUCCGAUUUUCAGUCCUGAAUUGGUGGCAGCCUUUGAGGAUUGUAUGCAACAGCUGCAAGAGGAAGAAGAAAUAUUUCUACAGCGUGUAGAUCGAUAUUCACCUGAAGAUGAUGUCAAGGAGAAUCAUCUAGAAAGUUCCACCAAACACGAAAGUUUGAUUGUCUGAGACGACCAUUUUCAUGUUUUCGAGCUGAAUGUACAAUAGAUGAUGAGUUACCAUUUCACCUUUCAACUUUGCCUCUACUUUGGUUACUUCCGAAAAUUCAACCAACACAACUUAGAAAAAAUGCUAAUAAAAAUAAAUAUUGAGGCUU